UGCUCGGUAUAUAAAGGAGGACAACGGCGAACGGAGGACGGCUGGAAGGCGCAGCUCAGGGAUUGGAAAUAAGAUAUUAACGGAUAGCGUUUUAAUUUAAAGUGAUGCGGGCUACUUUUAAUCUAUCAAUUUCGAUGUUUUAGAGGAUUGCGUUUUUGUAAUUUUGUUUUUUUUCGGUGGUCGGUUUUCUUUCUUUUUUACACUCCGGUUAUAAUGGCGAGCUCGGCUAACUCGAAUCCAGUGCCUAAACUGUACCGGUCAGUGAUCGAGGAUGUGAUUAACGAUGUCCGGGAGCUCUUCCUUGAUGAGGGUGUCGAUGAGCAAGUCCUCUUGGAGCUGAGAACGCUGUGGGAGAGCAAGCUGAUGCAGUCUAAGGCGGUGGAGGGCUUCCACACGGAGGAGCAACAGCCCCAGGCUCAGGUGCAGCAGGUGCAGCAGGUUCAGCACGUACCCCAGCAGCCUCAGAACCAGUCCCAGCAGGUCAUCAUGCCCCCGACCCAGCCAGCUCCUCAGCAGCAGGUCAUCGUCCAGGAUCCGAAAAUACUGCAGCACAUGACCGCCACGGGAAUGAGUGCCGCUGCCACAGCCGCUACCCUGGCUCUGCCUACAGGAGUGACCCCCUACCAGCAGAUUAUCACCAGCCAAGGUCAGAUCCUGCAGGUGGUGAGGGCACCCAAUGGGACGCAGUACCUCAUCCAGCCUCAACAGCAGGUGGUGCUGCAACAGCAGGUCCUGCCUCAAAUGCAGCCAGGUGGGGUGCAAGCCCCCGUCAUACAGCAGGUCCUGGCUCCCCUGCAAGGUGGAAUCCCCCAGCAGACAGGCGUGAUAAUCCAGCCACAGCAGAUUGUCCUGGCCGGGAAUAAGGUCCAACAAAACGCCCAGGUCAUGCAGGCUGCUGCAAUGGCUGCACAGGCAGGACAGGGGGCUGUGCAGGUGCAGCAGGCUCAGGCGCAGGCUCAAGCUCAGGCCCAGGCCCAGGCCCAGGCCCAGGCUCAAGCUCAGGCCCAAGCCCAAGCCCAAGCCCAAGCUCAAGCCCAAGCUCAAGCCCAAGCACAAGCUCAGGCUCAGGCUCAGGCUCAGGCUCAAGCGCAGCAGCAGCAGCAGCAGCAGCAGCAAGCACCUCAGCAACAGCCUCCCAUGAUGCUCCAGGUCGACGGCGCCGGAGACACGUCAUCUGAGGAGGAAGAGGAAGAUGAAUAUGAUGAAGACGAGGAGGACGACAAAGACAAAGAUGGUGCCGAGGAUGGGCAAGUCGAAGAGGAGCCCCUCAACAGCGGGGAUGACGUGAGUGACGAGGAGGGCCAGGAGCUUUUUGACACUGAGAAUGUGGUCGUGUGCCAGUACGACAAGAUCCACAGAAGCAAGAACAAGUGGAAGUUCCACCUGAAAGACGGAAUCAUGAACCUAAACGGAAGGGAUUACGUGUUCUCCAAAGCCAUCGGGGACGCCGAGUGGUAGGAGCCGGCACGACCCGGAGCUUUCCGUCGGACAAUAACGCAGGACACAUCAAAACUCGGACCGGGCGCGUUUUCGGGGGAGGGGCCGAGAGGGGCGCGUUUGACUCUGCGAAUGCUGGACGUGCGAACGAAGACACUUGUGCGCGAGCGAGCCCCUCCCCUCUCUCUGCUGCUCCCGGGCGGCGACGCUCUUUAUUUGCCACACAUUUUGCUGAUGACCGUAUCCUGGAAACGCAGGUUCUCCGCCGCCUCGGUACUGCUUCUAGAAAAAGUGGUCCAUAUACACAACUCAUUUAGAUCCACCUGCAAAUGGAAGGAUGUCAACCAUCUAGAAAACCCACAGAAACACAAACCCCCGGAGAUGGAUCAAUAGGUUCCUUUUGUGUCAGUCAACCUUGCAACUGCGCCACAAUAGCAGUUGACACCAGUGGUUGGGUUAAGAGCUCAUUGUGCAUUUUUUGCUUAUUUUAGCUUGGUCCUGGUUGUAGAGCUGCUAUAGCCGUUAUAUUCCUGCCAGAUACUGUUCAUCAAGGUCGAUUACUUGUCACGUGUCUAAAUGAACGCUGCACCCUUAAAUACUGCGAUUGCUCCCUCCCCCAAACCACCUUUAAAAAAAAUGAAUUCGAAGGAUCCAAUCACAAUGCUUCCGAAAACAGGUAAUGCAUGAGUAGAGGGAGUUUUGUGGAGUUUCUGGAAGCUCCUUCUCAAAUCUCUUUUUACCGGGAUCCAAUCGCAGACUCAACUUUUCACUUUCCCUUUUUUUUUUUUCUUUCUCUCCUUUCCCCCUUUCACUGAAAAGACCAUGCAACUCACUUUAAUCCGGACCAUACUAUGUAUGUGAGUGCCCUUUUGUUUUAAUCCACCAGGGUUGUCAGUACUUAAAUCCACUCACGGUGUGGUGUGUCGCCGUCUGUGCUGUGAUACCUGUCACAGCCGCAUGUGAUGUCAUGGAUUUUUUGUUUUUUGUUUUUGUGAAAUGUGUUGUUCAUCUGUCAACAGUCAUCUUUGUGUUGUUAGCUGAGUGAUGGGGUUUAUCACCUAAAUUACCCCACCCCACCCCACCCAACCCUUUCGCUGUAGUUACACAAGUAUCAGAAUUUCUCGUAGGUUUUUGUAUUUAUUCUGCAGAGGUUGGGGCGGGGCGAAGGCGGGCGAAACCACACCGAAUUGUGCUCUUAUUGUGACACAAGUGUUCCUUUUCAAAAGGGUUUCCUCUGCUGGCUGGGUCUCCAUCAUCCUCGUUCACUUCUUUUGAGUCUUGUACUUGAAUUUUAACCUUUUAUUUUUAUGAAUCGUCUUGCCUGGAAAUGUUUAUACGUGUUUAUUUCUCCCCCCGCUGUCUGUUCUAAAAGGGCAUUGUUCGCUGAAUUUUAGAGAAAUAAACGAUACAUAAUUUUUUACUCUGCACACUGUAUUGUUAAAGAGAGCCCUCUGAAGAGGACCUGAGAAUCUUCGCAAAAGCGUGUUUUUUUUUUUUUUUAAAAAGCACCCAACCGGCCAACACUUGGAAGUAUCAGAGCGAAGGCGAGAUUCUUACAGGUCAGAUUAGCGUCUGGAAAAAUGGUCCAUCUUAGUUGGGUGGGGGGGGGGGGGGGGGGUAGGUCUGUAAUUUAAAGUUGACAAUAAGAAGAGGUGGACCUGACUGACUUGUUGAUUUGAAUGAAGUCCCAUCAAAAGCCAAGUGUAUGUCCGGGUGUAACUACAUUCUCACUGUUUGUGCCUUUCGAUGUUUAUUUCAGCAUUUGGGUAUUUGUUUAAAAAAAUAAUAAGAAGGAAAUUGUUGGGGUGGGGAGGGGAGGGCGGGAAGUGAGGGGCGGUGGGAGGCAUUUUGAAGAUUGUAUGUUGGCUUACCUUUAUCAAAAUAAAAUCUGUUUUUACUGUCAUUCUACCAACUAUGUAAAUCCUAGUACGCAUUUUUGGAAGUGAAAUCUUACUCUGUAAGUAACACCACUGUUUGAAGUCCAUGCUUUAAAUACAGUUUUAGAAAAUGUU